UUGUUAAUAUGGCCAGAAAAGGAUCUAUUUCAUCCCUUUUCUCCACACAACCUGGAUCCUUCCUAGAAUUCGCAGACUCUACCCCAAACUCGAACUUGAACCCAACUUCAAAUUCAAACGCAAGCUUGAAAGAAAAGACUGAGUAUAAGAGAUUAAGAUCUGAGUUUGGUCGUCUACUCAGUUUAUCCCGAAGUAUUGAACUACUGCGGGUAGAUACUGCUACGCUAGUUGCAAGGAGUUUGUGUAUAGUUUCUAGUGAGAACCUGGCUAGGGCGGAUGGAAGAAUUUACUCCGUCCCUAAAAACCAUCCUGGAACCUGUCUACCCUACGACCAGGUUCUGGAGCUCAUCCAACGGACUGGGAAUGAACCGUGAACUAUAAGCUCCCAAAGAGUCUGUAGAUUUCAGUAAAAUAGUUUUGUUCAGCAAAAAUAUUUUUGUAAAAUUAUGUCAAUAUUUUUUCGAAAACUCAAAAUUAAUUUUCAAGUGUUUUUUGGAGUCCAAAUUUUAUUAUUAAAUUGUGAUUUUUAAUAAAACGUUUUCAUGCUUAUUUAUGUAACUUAUUUAAAAUAAAAGCAUAUAUAAUCAA